CGUAAAAUGAUGCCUGAAAAUUAUAAGAGAAAGGGCCCCAUGGAAGAGAAGCUCUCUCUCUUUUUGAGAGGCCUGAUGAAGGAGCACAAUCUUUCUCUCUUUUUUUUUCUCUCUCUCUUCAUUUUCUGGUUUUGCGGCUUAUAUAAGGAACUUCUUUUUCGCUGAAGCCUCCGGGAGUGGUGACUUGUUCAGCGCCGGAACCCAAGGUCUCUCUCUCUCUCUCUACUUUCCGGCGUACCGGCGACCGGAAAAUUGUCUACAUUCUUCAAACGACCUUUUGUUCCAUAUUCUGAUCCUCCACGUCUGGUAUUGGCGUUUUUCUUGUUACUCCACCCAAAGACUACUGUUUCUCCAUCCUCAUUUUAGUACUAACACUCUUGCCAAAGACGAACUCAUAAGACUUUUUCUCCAUCUUCCUUUGUUUCUUCAUUCUCUGGAGAAGGAAAAAUCGUUUCGAAAACUGAUAUUCAGAGAUGGACGGCGAGCGAAAGGAAGAGAUUGCAGAGGAUGUCUGUUUCUUCUGCAAAGAUGGUGGGGAGCUCCGUAUUUGCGAUUUCAACACGGACGCCCAUGGGAGAGAAGCAGUGGCUCCGCUUCUUUUGUCAUAUCUCUCCGCUUUCGGCUUGUUGGGCUUGGUCAUGCUUAAAAGCAUAUCAUGCACCCUGUGUGGGUAAAGAUCUCAAGUUUUUGGAGUUAGAUGAAUAUUGGACAUGUGGUUGGCACUCGUGCUUCCUUUGUCAAAAGAGCUCGAUCUUUCAAUGCUUUUGCUGUCCAAGGUCUGUCUGUGCACAAUGUAUGGGAGCUGCCAGCUUUGUGGUCCUCAGAAAGGGGAAAGGAUUUUGUGUCGAAUGCCUGAAGCUUGCCUUGAUGAUAGAGAAUGACAUGGAUGUGGAUUCGGAUGGGGGUCAAGUGGAUUUCACAGACACGGAAACCUUGGAAUUUUUGUUCAAGGACUAUUGGCCUAUAUUAAAGGAAAAAGAAAAAUUGUCAAUAGAUGAUCUUCACAAAGCUGAUGAAAUUCUAAAGAAAACUUCCAAAGAUACUAGGAUUAUUUUAGACAAAAACUCUGACGAUGACAUGAAAACUGACAAAGAGUACUCACAAGAAGAUGUUGAGACCAUUGGCAGAUCAGCUUUCAGAAGCAAGGGCACCUGCAUUAGUAGCAAGGUCAAGAAAAUUGUGCAAAGAUACAAAUCCAAAAAGAAGCAGUUUAUAGGUUGGGGUUCAAAGGAGCUGAUAGGCUUUCUACAAUCGAUUGGCAAAGCAACCGACAAGGAGUUUUCUCAGGCUGAAGUAUUUGAGAUUGUUAAGGAAUACAUACAAGAAAACAAGCUGCUGAAUCCUCACAAAAGAAAACGGGUUUUAUGUGACAGUAGGCUGCGUGCACUUUUUGGGAGAAAAUCAAUCAGCCGUCUUAAAAUCAAUGACUUGCUGGAUCCACACUUUGCAUCAAAUGAAAUGCCAGAUGAUGAGGCCAGUUAUAGUUCAGAAGAUGAGAAUGACAGAAAAUGUCGAAAGCUGGGUUCUAACCAAAAGAGUGGCAAAUCAGCAUGGAAACGAAAUACGAUGGCAGCAGGAAAAAAUGCAUUUGCCUGCAUAACUGUCAAAAAUAUCAGGGCAGUUUACCUAAAACGGAGUCUAGUUGAGGAAUUCCUCAAAUCUGUUGAGUCAUUUGAUAGUAAAGUUACAGGUUGUUUCGUGAGAAUCAGAAGUGAUGCUAAAGCAAUUCAUAGAAGUUCUCAUACACUUGUUCAAGUAACUGGCACAAAAAAUCUAACAGAGAAUUACAGAACAGGAAACAUGCAAACAAACAUAGUCCUGCUUGUGUCAGAUUCAGAUAAAGAUAUUCGUAUUCACAUGAUCUCUGAGGAUGAAUUUACUGAGGAAGAGUGUGAAGAACUUUGCCAGAUUAUGAGACAAGGUCUUGUUAAAAGGCCAACGGUGGAGGAGCUUGAGAGGAAGGUUUUUGAUCUACACGAGGAUAUAACCAACCAUAGAAUUAAGAAAGAGAUAGUCCUGCUACAGAAUUUGAUGAAACGGGCAAAUGAAAAGGGUUGGCGCAGAGAGCUCAUGGAGUAUGCUGAAAAAUUGGAAAUACUUCAGAGACCUGAUGAACAAGCACGGCUAGUGCAGGAGCUCCCAACUAUUGUUGCAGACGCAGAAACUGAGGUUCUUGUUGUUGCCACUGAAAUCAAGACUCCUGAUCAUGGGGGUAAAGAAGCAGAAAAUGCCAACACUGCUGUUCAGAGACAAGUUCCUGAAAGUGAAGGCAAUAUCACUGAAAUUGCAAAUGUUACUGCAAAAAGAGAAACAGGCACUGCCAUGCUCAUAAUUAACACAGAACCCACUGAAGGCAACGUUCCUAUUGAUCCCACCAUGAAACUUCAGUUAUCAUCUGCUGAUGCUGAUGAUGAGAAGAGUCACCAGAAAAAGCGAUCUGCUGAUGGUGACCAUGGUGACGGUUGCCUAGAAAAAGCAUCUACCGGUGUUGAUAGCUCUAACUUUCACCAGCAUUCUACUAUAGUAGAAGAAACCCAAGAAAGAAAAUCUCCAAUCAGUGAGCAUGAAACACUACGUCUGGAAAAAGGGGGUGGUGCAGAGGGUGAAAGUGCACUCUGGAUGUAUGGCGACCCCUCGGGGGCUAUCCAAGGGCCAUUUUCGCUUGAAGAACUAAGAGAAUGGUAUGAAGAAGGCUAUUUUGCGGCAGAUUUCAAGGUUUGGAAAAAAGAUCAAUCACAAGUAGAUGCUUUUUUUUUGGUUGAUGUGCUCCGCCAAGAGGCUGUGAAGCCCCAAUAGCUCAGGUGGAAUCUACUGUGAAAUCUUGUAUCUGGUUGGUUUUUUUUGCACAGGUGCCAUAUGGCUGAAAUAUAGGUAGACUCGCUUCUUGUAGCAUACUGAAGUCUUUGCUGCUUUUCAGCUCGAAUUUUUGUCUUUCAAAUUGUACAGUGUCAAGGGAUCCUAACUUGGGAGAUCUUGUGCUAUUGACAUGUAAAAGCAGCUACGGGAGCUUGUAAAUCUGUGAAUUGAUUGUCAGAAAUCCAGAUUUAGCCGUCUGAUAUGGUGGCACCCUUCUGUUUCAUUUGAUA